UAAUUAAUAAAUAAGUAAUUUUUUAAAAGAAAGUAGAAUGGCGCAUAAGGGAAAUUUCCCGUAAAAUACCGACUUAUCUCUUUUCUCGAUGCAAUGGUAUAUACUUUUUGAACUUUGUUUGCUGAUAAAUAAAAUGAAAACAGGGGUUUUCAUGACAACGUGAAUAUUACAAGUGGAACAAUAGAUGCUUUUCUGAAAGUGAAACUUCGAUAAGAAAUAAGAUAACUCAGCUUAUUUUAUAGUUAAAUGAUUUCAGUUAGAUUUAAAUUUCUUUCUUUUUGUUUUUCCUACCUUAUUCGAAAGGAUACAAAUUUAUUUCAUUCGUCUUGCAUCAGAUUGUUGCACAAAAUUCAAAGUUAUGUCGUGUGCUUACGGGAAAGAAUUUAUUGUCACCUGGCUAAUCGAGAAUUAUUCUUUUUGUAGUCAGGAGAAUGGAGAUGUAAUCGAGAGUCCUUUUUUCCAAAUUGAUUGUUUUGGAGGAAGCAAGUGGAAACUACAUCUGGUGCCUAGAGAUGUUCCCUAUGAUACAGAGGUCACGCAAUGCUAUUUAAGAAGGUAUGACACAAAUGGCGAAAUAUGGAUUGAUUAUAAAAUAGAAAUGAUUGAUCCUAAUGGAACGAUUUUGGAUACAGUUGAAGGAAAAAAUGAAAAAUUCCAUACCUCUUUUGAUUCAGAUUAUACUCUGGAAAUAGAACGUGCUAAGCUCGACGAGCUACCGUGGAGUGAAAACCCACUUAUGCUGCGUUGCCACAUGAGAAGUGAAGUUGAACGCCCCCACCCUCCUAUAGGAUGCGAGAUUCGAACCAAAAUCGGAAUAGAAUCACACCAUUCUAUUUGGGAAGUAACUUUGCCACUGGUUGACACUGCACGGAAAGAGUUUUCUAUUUUAGAAAAUACAAAGCUUAAAGUCGAACUCUCAAAAUCUGGUUUAAUUUGCCCCAGUUCAGUUGUCAUAAAAAUCAGCAAAAUCGAAAGCGAUUCUCCUUUGCAGCGUCAAGUGUCUUGUAAAAUAAUAUUGAUCGAUGCAGACGGAGCAGUAGUUAAAUGUAAAAGUGGUGCGUAUUUCUUUAAAUCGAACACGAAUGAUGAUGUUUGGGAGUUUAGUUCUUUCUUGACAAGUCUUGACCUUGAAAAAUACAGUCACGAGCGCAAGAAAGUGACGUUGCAGUUCGAAUUUUGUGUAACUAAUGGUAUGCAAUCAGAAACACCUUCGAAUUUCCAGUAUUCUACCAAUGCAGACAGUUUAUUAACUUUGCAGAAUGAUAUGCGUGAAUUAUAUUUGAGUCAAAAGCAUACAGAUGUGGUGUUAAAGUUGGAUGAAAGCACAACGCUAGGUGCACACAAAUCUGUUCUGAUUGCUCGAUCACCCUACUUCUUGAAAAUGUUUGACAACGCGGACAUGACAGAAAGCAUAAGUGGCAUUGUUAAUGUUACUGAAGACAAAAAUGUGACGCAGGCUUUAUUGGAAUAUUUGUACACCGGAUUUGUUGAAAGAAUGGACUGUGAUCUCGCAAAAGAGCUGAUGAUUGCUUCAGAUAAGUACCUGGUGCCUUCGCUGAAAGAUAAAUGCGCCACAUAUUUGAUGAGUGCUUUUACUAUCUUUAAUGUCAGUGAAAUUUUUAAAUUUGCGGAUAAGAUCAAGCAGAAGCAGUUGAAAACUGCUGCUCUAGAUUACAUUGUCAAUCACAUAUCGGAAAUAAUGGCUUUGCCUGAAUGGUCAGUUAUUGAGGAUGAGCAGAAGGUAGAAGUUCUUAGCACUGUGGUACAGAGAUUUAAUAAGGUCCCCAAAACAACACCAGACCUUUAGUUAAUCUGAAGUAGGAGUACAUUACUCUGACUAUGCCCGCUGCACAAUGUUAAGCCUACAAAUAAUGAGUCAAUUAUUAAGCUGUACCGAAUGUUAAAAUUGUAGAUUCACUUAUUACAAAUAUCAGAGAGCUUUUCACUCUUUCUAACUGAACUACUAAACAUGAAUUCUAACAAUUCCAUCCGUUCAGACGGUUUUUCGUGCAAUGAAGACAGAACUGAUGAAAAUAUUUGGAGCCAUUCAGAUAUUGUUAUAACUUCUUCACUUUCUUAACCUGUAACAGGUAGUAUUUUAUUCUUAACAAAAAUUAUGCUUAAUAUUUUUCCUAAACAAAUUUACUACUUUUCUUUAUACAAAUCAAGCUUUAGUCAAUUUAAAAAAAUUCCAAAAUUAUCGUCUGCUUACUUUAACUUUUUACCUAUCUCUUUCUGUCCUACUUUUAUUUAUAUAUAU